CCGAAGAGCGCAGGCGCAGACGGUCGUUCGAGGAGCGGCUGAAGUUGUUUUACAAAGUGAAUGAAUAGUUUGACUGGCACGUGCGUGUUGGACGUUACUCUAGUUUCUAAAAGCACCAGCUGUUUCCGGUCGCUCUGUGGUCACUUCCGCCAUGUCGCAGAGGAAGAGGCUGUCCAACACGCCGGGCUCCUCGCAGGGCAAGCGGCCAUCGAGCUCCUCGGUGGCUCAGGAGGAACAUGACGACACAGCCUUCACCCAGCCGAGCACGUCGCAGGUCCAGAGAGGGAUGGAGAAGCUCACACCUGCACAGGUGGACCAAAAGACGGCCGAGGUGGUGCAGUACUUCUUGGUGAAGGACCAGAAGAAGAUCCCUGUGCGCCGGGCAGAACUGGUGAAGCACGUGGUGAAGGAGUACAGAACCAUCUACCCCGAGAUCAUGAAGAGAGCAGCACGCACCUUUGACCAGGUCUUUGGCCUUAAAAUGAUUGAGAUCGACGCCAAAAACCACAUGUACAUCCUCAUCAACAAGCUGGAGCCGGCUGAGGGACCCCCGGCCACCAGAAGCCCCACCAACCCGAAGAUGGGGCUGCUGUUCGUCAUCCUGAGUGUGGUCUUCAUGAAAGGAGGCGUCGUCAGAGAAAGUACCUGGAGUACGUGCGCAUCCCCCACACGGAGCCGGUGGAGCACGAGUUCCGAUGGGGUCAACGUGCCGAUGUGGAAGUGUCGAAGACCAAAAUCCUGGAGUUCAUGGGUCAACUCCAUGAACAGGACCCUCAGACCUGGACCCAGCAGCACCGAGAGGCCCACUCCGCGUCCGGCUCAUCGCAGGCCAGCAGCAGCCAGAGAUGAUGCAGAUGUUUUGCCACACCUCCCCGUUCAGUGUUUAGCCACGCCUCCUCCUUCUAGUUCAUGUGUUCAGUGUUUAGCCACGCCUCCUUCUAGGUCAUGUGUUCAGUGUUUAGCCACGCCUCCUUCUAGGUCAUGUGUUCAGUGUUUAGCCACGCCUCCUUCUAGUUCAUGUGUUCAUAGUGAACGGAUCAAACCCUAUUCUACAUAUUUUACAUACUUGUUCAUACUUUCUCUUUUUAUUAAAAACAUUCAAAUCACUCAAUUGUUUAGGUUUUUAUUUUAUUGCAUCAGCUGCUCCCCAAUAAUCACAAAAUAAAAGAUCAAAACCAAACAGUAAAAAUAUGAAGUGGUAUUUAUUGAUCCUUCAGGGUCAAGCUGGAAGACUAAAGGACCCAGAUGGGACUGUAGAGCUGAUCCAGAUCCACAUUUAAACUUGAGUGACAGGGCAGUCGGACGCUCUACUUCCUGUUUGUUUUACAGCUCCUUAUUCUUUCUCCAAGUCGUGAUUCUAUAUUUAGACCUGGUAGAUGAGUGAGGGCAUGAAAAGGUGUAAAUAUUAACAUGUAAUGUACACUUGUAUUUAUUUCCUGAUUUGAUUCUUCCAGGUUUUUGCCUCACAAGAUAAUAAAAUAAUGUUUACUCUUGUUUGUCCGAACAGCUUCAAGAAAAUAAAUAUGUUCAUGUUUCUACGAUCCAUCUUUAAUCCUCAAAUGUUUGCGUACAUUUAAACCGAACACGUUUACCUUUCAUACAUUAAUGUCAUUGAUAUGAAUUAUGGGUAAUCCCUUCAGGAAUGUGGACUCCGAGUCCGCGAGUUCGAGUGUUUCAGACAUUUAUGAACACUUUCUGUAAAUCUUGCCCGAGUGGAUUACCCACAAUUCAUAGCAACGUGGCGUUAAACACAGGGGUUACCAGUGGAAACAUGGAGAUGCACAUAGAAGUUCAGCCUGACAGAAACAUGAAGGGUCACAACCUCACAGCCUCUCACGUCUCCCAGGGCGGUCAAGUCCCUUAGGGGUCAGGGUCUCAGGGGGACCACGAAUCCAACGCUUAAGAACCAGAUUGUUGGACCCAAAGAAAGCUCCCAGACCUCGACCUGAGCUCCAAGUAAAUCCAUUUAAAUAAAAGGGUGUGUGUGUGUGACAAUGGGGGGUGCAUAGAAUCAUGUGAGGCACAUCAUGAUAUUCGAGCAGUUAAAGUGUCAAAUGUCCCCUCUGGUUUCCCUCCCAAAGCAUUGUGGGGGAUGUAGUUUGAUUCUCAUGAAGACAGGGCUCUGGUUUAAAGGGACAGGUCGUUGGACCGAUGUCAUGUGAAAACAUGGCUCUAAUAAUAGUAACAGACUGCUCACAUCACAGUCUGAGGAUGAGGUUGAAUAAACGGGGUCAUGAGCACUAAAGCCCUGAAGAGCCAGUGUGGUCCCCACAUCGUCAGUGUAUAAGAACACGUCUCCUUGGUUUGUGGACUUGUGUUUUUAGGCCUUGAGUUUGGCGUUUAUACUGUCGCCAUCUUGGAUUAUAGCCAUGAUGUUGUUGACCAUAUGUGGACUGAGUGAGGUAGAGACGCUGUAUACGUCUCUGGUGUCCAACCUGUCAAUCACCUUGUAGCCCCGCCCUAAAUCAUCCCCUGCUUUAUGGUCUGUUUGACUCUAAAUGACCAUAAUUUACUAAAUGAACAUCAUUCUGUAUUGAAGAAGACUUGAAACUAGAGAUUGAGACCAAAAACUAAUGUUUACAAUGUUUACUGAGGGAAUACAUCAAGAGAAGUAGAGUCAUUUAUAUAGACUUCUAUACAACCAGAGGAGUCGCCCCCUGGUGGUCAGGAGAGAGAAUGCAGCUUUAACACAUGAAGCAUAGACUUCUAUACAACCAGAGGAGUCGCCCCCUGGUGGUCAGGAGAGAGAAUGCAGCUUUAACACAUGAAGCAUAGACUUCUAUACAACCAGAGGAGUCGCCCCCUGGUGGUCAGUAGAGAGAAUGCAGCUUUAACACAUGAAGCAUAGACUUCUAUACAACCAGAGGAGUCGCCCCCUAGUGGUCAGUAGAGAGAAUGCAGCUUUAACACAUGAAGCAUAGACUUCUAUACAACCAGAGGAGUCAAACCACUUGUCACUGUCAGGAAGCCAAUCAAAUAAAGCAAGAGGCGGGGUUUAAUACUUUAGCACUAACUUUCCUGUGAGAGUAUUUGAGAAGGAGAGAUUCAUAGCACGUUAUCUAUCACCCAUUAAUCACACAUGAACAUCUCUACGGCCGAUAUCUAAAUUGACGAAAAGAGCUGCAGGUAAGAGGACAAAUUUAGUGAACUGUCCAUUUAAGGAAAAGUUUGGAACCACACACGUUCGCUUCCUUCGCCCAAAAGUGAGACGAGAAGAUCGAUACGAAACUCAACGUGUUCCUCUAAAGCUGCCGAUCAACACUUCCAAAGUCGCUUGUUGAACUUGUUGAAACUACGAGUGGUAAGUUAAUGUUUUGUGACUAGAGAAGCAACCGCCGUGACGAUGGAGCUCUAACUUGUUUUAUCCUCCUUCAUGGAGAAGGUCGCCUCCUACGACCGCGGUAUGCAACAACAUGGCCGCCGGUGAGACCGUCCUGCUACUCUGAUGUGAACUUCUGUUCACAUUUCAUUAGUGAGUGUGGUAUUGAUCUACAUCUCGGCAAGAAAGCAAAAUGAGUGCAGUUCUGAAAAUAUCAAAGUUUCCCUUUAAGAACUGCUGCAAAGCUCUUCCUCCUUUCGCUCCACCGGGACAACAAACUACCAACGUAGCUCAUCGCCGGCCGUUCCGAGACGCAUAUGAUGCAACUCUGUGAAUGGCUGAGACCAUUCAGGUUCAUACCAUACCUGAAUGAUUGAGGCAGUGGGGGUGGAGGGGCAGAGCGGUGAGAGACGAGCAUGUGAGCCCUGCGUCAUAAAGUGCCGUCGCGGGAGAAUCUGUCACAACAAUUAAAAGGCCACAUGAGGUUUGUGAUGGAAAUGGAAGCAGCUCCCUGUAGUGGCCUCGAGGUGUGGUCUGUAGCGGCCUCGAGAUGUGGUCUGUAGCGGCCUCGAGAUGUGGACUGUAGCGGCCUCGAGAUGUGGUCUGUAGCGGCCUCGAGAUGUGGACUGUAGCGGCCUCGAGGUGUGGUCUGUAGCGGCCUCGAGGUGUGGUCUGUAGCGGCCUCGAGAUGUGGUCUGUAGCGGCCUCGAGGUGUGGUCUGUAGCGGCCUCGAGGUGUGGUCUGUAGCGGCCUCGAGGUGUGGUCUGUAGCGGCCUCGAGGUGUGGUCUGUAGCGGCCUCGAGAUGUGGUCUGUAGCGGCCUCGAGAUGUAGUCUGUAGCGGCCUCGAGGUGUGGUCUGUAGCGGCCUCGAGAUGUAGUCUGUAGCGGCCUCGAGGUGUGGUCUGUAGCGGCCUCGAGGUGUAGUCUGUAGCGGCCUCGAGAUGUGGACUGUAGCGGCCUCGAGAUGUGGUCUGUAGUGGCCUCGAGAUGUGGACUGUAGCGGCCUCGAGGUGUGGUCUGUAGCGGCCUCGAGGUGUAGUCUGUAGCGGCCUCGAGAUGUGGACU